AUUUAAGACUCGUAUUACGAUAAAGGCGUUGUUCGUGAAUAUUAAUAUAGUCACUCUGUCUCUUCUUUAAAACUUUCAUAUGCAUAAAUAAUAUUCAUGACCCAACCUAUGCGUCUGCGUUAACUACAGUACGUAUUAUUUAAUAUUCAUAAGAUAGUCCUUCGCCGUAGUAGGAUAGGCAAUUCGCGAAGCGUCUCAUGUGAGGUCCUCAGGCAUUCAGUGUGCGCCUCCCUUUGUGCCUCUCCACUCAAGAUGGCUCCCGUUUUAGAGAAGAAGCUACUGGGCGCAGCCGGGACAGGCGACACUAUGGAAAACAGCAACGAGGAUGAUGAAGGACAAAACCUCUGGUCUUCAAUCCUCAGCGAAGUUUCCACACGCUCCAGCUCUAAAUUGCCUUCUGGGAAAAAUAUACUGCUUUUUGGGGAGGAUGGUUCAGGAAAGACAACACUCAUGUCAAAACUUCAAGGAGCCGAGCACAAUAAGAAAGGUAGAGGGCUGGAAUACUUGUACCUGAAUGUCCAGGAUGAAGACAGAGAUGAUUUGACUCGCUGCAGCGUUUGGAUCCUGGAUGGAGACCUGUACCACAAAGGCUUGCUGAAGUUUGCAGUGACUGCUGAGUCGCUGAAGGACAGUCUAGCGGUGUUCGUGGUGGACAUGUCACGGCCUUGGACCAUCAUGGAGUCAUUGCAGAAGUGGACGAGUGUGCUGCGUGAACACGUGGACAAACUGAAGAUCGCACCGGAGGAAAUGAAAGAGAUGGAGCAGAGUAUGGUUAAGGCCUUUCAGGAGUAUGUAGAACCAGAGGAAUCCACGCCGGCCUCACCCCAGAGACGAGCUCCAGCAGCUGGGGGAGAAGAUGAGAGUGUGCUGCUGCCCCUGGGAGACAACGUCCUCACACACAACCUGGGUAUUCCAGUGCUCAUAGUUUGCACAAAGUGUGAUGCUGUCAGUGUACUGGAGAAGGAGCACGACUACAAGGAGGAGCAUUUUGACUUCAUUCAGUCACACAUCCGGCGCUUCUGUCUACAGUAUGGAGCUGGUUUGAUUUACACUUCAGUCAAAGAGGAGAAGAACCUGGACCUUCUCUACAAAUUCAUGGUGCACAAAAUAUAUGACUUCCAGUUUACUACGCCUGCCUUAGUAGUGGAGAAGGAUGCUGUGUUCAUUCCAUCUGGAUGGGACAAUGACAAGAAAAUUGCCAUCUUGCAUGAAAACUUCACAACGGUUCGACCUGAAGAUCCCUUUGAGGAUUUUAUAACGAAACCUCCUGUACGAAAGUUGGUGCAUGACAAGGAAAUCAGUGCAGAGGAUGAGCAGAUCUUCCUCAUGAAGCAGCAGUCGAUGUUAGCCAAGCAGCCGGCCACACCAACAAGAGGAACAGAGUCUCCUGUCCGGUCUGCAUCUGGUUCACCCCGACAGAGAACGAGGCAUGAGAGCGCAAACAGCAUUGUCCACUCUGGAAAUCAACAUGUAAUGACAUAA